AUGGCCCAACUGAAGUAUACACCACCCAGGCAAUCAUCACCACCAACUAUCCACGUUCCACAACAGCUUCAGGACUGCGAGUUCAUUUUUGUCCGAAAUGACGCGGUAAAGAAACCACUAACACCAACAUACCAGGGUCCAUUCAAAGUCUUAAAACGCUCUGAGAAGCAUCUCACCAUUGAUCGAGGAAGCCGGACGGACACUAUGUCCAUCGACAGAGUCAAACCAGCUUUUCUGGAAAAAUCUCCACGGGAGGCAGAACCCGUCUCAACACACCCAGAAACCUCACCUGCCUCAACAACCACGCAAUCGCAACCAUCACCACCGAGGGCUAACUUCCGAAAGUCAUUCGAUCACCACUCUUCGAGGCUCCACUCACUUCACUCUUCGCUACUGCCUUCCCUCUGUGACGCCAGCUCACUCCUGCAGCUUCCAGCUCUCUCCUGCAGCUUCCAGCACUCCUGCAGUAUCCAGCUCACUCCUGCAGCUUGCAGCAUCCAGCUCACUCCUGCAGCUUCCAGCACUCCUGCAGCAUCCAGCUCGCCCCAACAGCUUCCAGCGGCAUCCAGCUCACCCCUGCGGCGCUCUACUGACGUCCCGCUACCUAUUCCAGCACCCGCUGACGACCUAAUCCAGUGCCCACUGACGUCCAGCGCCCGUUAUCGUCCGGACACCUUUCCCGAACAAACGACCUCUGUCGUCUUACCAUCCACCGUUCGCAAAUAA